ACAAGGAUACUCCUCAUCUCCCUUAAGGAUAUUUAAAAAUCUACAAGAUAAAUUUGACCUAAACCAUAUCAUACCAUCUACUAUUAGUCUUCAGCCACCUUGGACAAUUUCUCUAGACAUCAACCUCGAUCUCCAUCACCUACCAAAAAAAGACACAAAUCCUAAAAUAUAUAAACACCACUUCAAUGAAAUCAUAGCUAAAGCCGAACCCCACACACAGAUUUACACUGACGCUUCUAUAACAGAUCAAAGAGUUGGAGCUGCAAUCAUAUGUGGCGCCAUCGAAAUUCAAUUUAAACUAUCUGACAAAUGUUCAAUAUACACAGCUGAAGCCAUAGCAAUACUAGAAGCCAUCAAAUAUUUCACACAAAACGUCGAUGACAAACUAUGUAUUAUACUAAGUGACUCUCUUAGUGCAUUAAUAAGCCUUAAAAAUACAACCUACCCUACUGACAUAGCAACAAAUAUCCAGAACGCCUGUCGCAUUGCACGAUCUGCUGGUAAACACAUAUCGUUCAUGUGGAUUCCUGGGCACAGCAAUAUAGCAGGCAACGAAAAAGCAGACGAGGCCGCCAACUCUCGCACACAUCAUCUAAUGCUAUCACAAUACCAGAUUUCUCAUAUACCGACGCAAGAAAAUUUAUCAAAAAUCACACAAUCGAAAGAUGGCAACAAUACUGGUCAAAUCAAACAACUAAACUCAACGAAAUAAAAAAAUCAAUAAUACCAUGGCCUCCGCUCCCCGGCUGUCUUAGAAGACAAGAAACAAUUAUAAACCGCCUAAGAAUAGGUCAUAUGUCAUGUACCCACCGACACCUUAUGAAAAAAGAGGACCCACCAAACUGCACCACCUACGGUGUCCAACUCACGAUCAAACACAUUUUCACUGAGUGCAGAAGCAACCAACAAGAUCGUAUGGAAACCCUCGGAACCUAUACGAAAUCCUCAGUCCUGAACCAACCGCAAUUCAAAAAUUACUUAUUUUCUUAUAAAAAUCCACUUUAUAUAAAGAAAUAUAAUUUGUAUAUAUAAUAUGUAUAAAUGUUAUGUAAAAAUUGUAAUAAUAAUAAUAAUAAUAAUAAUAAUGUAAUUUACUAACAGACCAAUGGCCAGAGCUGCCGCUGUCUUUUAUGUCUAAUAAUAAAAAAAAAAAAAAUUAUAGUUAACGAGAGAAAUAAUGUGAAUUAUAAUGCAAGUAUUUUGAAAAAUGAUAACGAUUACUGUAUGUUUAAUUUUUACAUUUAUGUAUAUAUAUUUUAGUUAACUAUUAAUAAUUUUUUAGUGUCUAUUGCAAAAUCAUCUCCUCCGUUAAUGUCAGGAUUAAAUAAAUUGCACAUACAUAUGAAAACGCUUAAUUCAAAUGCUAGCCACUUACAAUUAGAGGAAAUAAUGCAUCAAGUUAAUAAUGUUAAGGAAAGUGAAAAGAAUAAUAUAUUAUUUUCCAAUACUCAGGACAGCGAUGAUGAAUUUUUGUGUAAAGUAGCGCAAACAAUUGAUACUAAUUCAAUGGAUACCGAAGCAAAAAUUAAUAGUAAUGAUGAUGAUGAUGAUGAUGAUGAUGAUGAUGAAUUUUUGUGUAAAGUAGCGCAAACAAUUGAUACUAAUUCAAUAGAUACCGAAGCAAAAAUUAAUAGUAAUGAUGAUGAUGAAUUUUGUAAGACUUAUAACAUAAUGUUGGAAGCUGCGAAAAAAUGGAUGUGAAUUCGAUGGAGAUGGAAGUAAUUCCCAUUUACCCAUACGAUAUUAGUAUUAAGUAAAUAGCGAGUUCUGGGGAUCAAAGGAUGCCGCCAUGGUAAUUAGUGUCAUACGUCAUCAAAAAGUAAUAAAUUAAGAGUGUUAAUGGGUAAUUAAAUGGUUAAUUAAGGUCAAUCGUAAUUGUUAAAGUUGUAAAUCAAGUGUGUUAUUGUUAAAAUUGCGAUAAUAAUGUGGGUUGGCGGAGGGUAGGUGGUCAGCUGACUCGGCGUUACGUCGUUGUCGGUGUGACGUAUGCAGCAACGCGUGCCCCUCAAUCAGGAGCAUCACAGGUGUUACGUAAUAUAAUCGCCCUUAAGGUCAACACGUCACAUACAAUAAUGUUAAAGACUCUGCCCAUGCCUACAUCCUCCCACCGGAGUUGUACGUCAAACGGUCGCGCGUUAUAUUGUGUCAUCGCAACCGCCGCCGCCGCCGUCGUCGUCGACGGGGUAUAAGCCGUAGUCGUGUAAUCCAUAAAAUACACCUCAUUCGUCAUCGAGAUUCCAAUGUCUAACAGAUGUUUGGAAAGUUUGGUGUCGUGCAGCAGCAACAUUGUCUGUUGACUACUAAUCGGUUCUCAGUAUUUGUUAAUCUAU